UUUGUAUCGACAGCGAGUGGUGUUUGGGACAGGGAAGCAAAGGAAAGCUGAGAAAUUUUGAGAAAAGAAGGAAGAAAUGGCUUCCAAGGGAAACAUCAAUCUCAGUAGAAACAAAUUGAUCCUCUCAGCUCUGUCUGUACAACUUUCUUUAGAUUCUAAUCAAUUUUCAAGUGAUGUUGUCGAAAAUGAUAUCAAGAGCAUGUACAAUAUCUUGAAAUCAUCAAAAAAUGGGACGCCUACGGAAAACAAUGACCAGAUCACAAAGUGGAUAGGAUUUGCAGAGAGUUUUCCUACAAACUCCAGUGCUUGCUUUGAAGUUCUCAAAGGAUUAAAUGAAGAACUGGUUUUAACGUCUGUGCUUUUGGGAAAUGGAUUGAAACCCUCGGAAGCUGAUGUUAUUGUUUUUUCAGUGAUACAUUCAUAUGUGAUUGGCCUUUCGAAGUCAGAAAAGGAAAAGUUGCCUCAUCUUAUGAGAUGGAUGGAUUACAUCCAAAACAAGGUGGAUUUGGGGAAUACAUUCGAGAAGAUUUUGCUUGAGAAGACCCAAUUUGAACCUCAAGGAACCAAAGCUGCUGACAAGGUGGAAGUAGAAUCAGGUGCCAAAAAAGCUGCAGAAAGCCCUAAAGUUGCAGAUAAGCCAGAAGCAGAGGUGAAAACAAAGAAAAAUGAAGAGCCAAAGACAAAGAAAAGUGAUAAUGCGAAAAAGGUGGCGGGAAAUAAGGAAGCUCCCAAGGAGAAGAAAAAAGCACCCGAGCCAGAAACAGUUGAAAAAGACAAAGAAGUCAGUGUUAGUUUGUUGAAUAUAAAGGUUGGUCUAAUUUCGAAAGCGUGGAAACAUCCUUCUGCUGAUAGUUUACUUGUGGAGGAGAUAGAUGUCGGAGAAGGUAAACUGCGGCAAGUGGUCAGUGGUUUAGCAAAGUUUUGCACUCCAGAACAAUUAACAAAUCGCCAUGUUGUGCUUAUUACAAAUGUAAAACCUGGGAAGCUGCGUGAUGUGAUGUCAGAAGGAUUGGUAUUAUGUGCUUCUAAUGAAGACCACACCAUUGUAGAGCCUUUGCUGCCUCCAGAAGGAGCCAAAGUAGGGGAGUGUAUUUCAUUUUCUGGGAUUGAUGGGAAGCCAGAGGAUGUUCUUAACCCAAAAAAGAAACAGUUAGAUAAGAUAACGCCGCAUCUUUAUACUGACGACAAGGGCAUUGCCACAUUCAAAGGAAUACCGUUUAUGACAUCUGCCGGGCCAUGUUCGUCAUCCAUUCCAAAGGCAAGCAUCAAAUAAAAGAUCUAAUGGCUCAUACAACAGCUAUAACCCACUGUCCAGAGGAAUUCUGCAUCAUUAUAUAAUACUACUUAAUGAUAAUUUAAAUUUAGAAGAAUAUGCCGUUUGAGUUUCAUUUUUGACCCCAUUUUUCAUAAUUUUGUUGAAUUGUUUUUUUAAUUUCAAGUAUCAUUUAGAGAAAAUAUUAAAAUCAUGAUAUUACAUACCGUGCUUUUGCUGAAAAAAAUCUACCUUUGUAUGGGGAAAUUUUUGGCCUUAAAAAGUAUUGUUGAUUCAAGAUUUCGUAUAUUUUGCAGAGUUUAGGCAAGGUAA